CCAUGUUUUCCUGAGCCCCUCUAUGGUGGAUUGUCCCUUCACUCAGGCCGUGGUUACCAGGGAGUUCAGCCUAGCCUCCUGGUUUCUAAGAGAGAACGACGUGUAUAUCGGGAUCGAUCUGUGCGCCUCAUCGAGAAGAACAUUAUCUCCAUUUCCACCGUGAAGCUACGCGGUUAGCCUCAGCAGUUAGCCUCAACAUUAGCCUCCGCAUUAGCCCCAUUGGUCCAAGACGGUUGUCGCGCAUCUGCAGACGCAUCGGGAAGCUACGAACAAAUGGCCCAGAAAAAGAGCCCCAAAAUCCGGUCCAAAAAAGUUGAUUGGCUGGUCUCUCUGGUUCUGAACGGCAAGGACCAAGUGUCAGCCUAGGGUCGGUUUAGCCAUCCCGCCAUCCAGUGACAGGCUGGUUCCGCAGGGGGCGGGCUUUGGUGAAGAACCAUUUGAGCGGGACCAGGGUUCUUGCUCUCAGCUGCUUUCGGUUGGGUUGGAUUGGAUUACUUCCGGUUCAGUUCUGAACCCGUUGGGUUCAGAGGCCAGUUGGGGUUACCGAUGGAGACAUGCAGACCCCGGGACUCCUCCUCCACUGCUUCUGGAAAGGAGUUGUACAUGGAGGAGGAGGAGGAGGAGGUGAUGUAUGAGGAGGAGCUGUGUGAUGAUGAGGAGGAGGUGGCAUCUGCUGUACAGGACAUAGGUGGUCUUAACGAGGCAGAGAAGCCGCUGGUUGGAGCCGAGGUUUGUCCCUACCUACGGGACUCAGAUGGAAAGCCAACGGCGGACAGCAAAAAUGGGCUCAAGUCAGAUGGAGGAGCAGCAGCUGCAGCAGGAGCAGCAGCAGCAGGAGGAGUAGGGCCCAAGACCACCAUGUUUACUUGGUUCGUGGUCCUGGCUCUCCUUGGGGUCUGGAGCUCUGUGGCGGUGGUCUACUUCGACGUUGUUGACUAUGACAGUGUCAUUGCGAGGGCUAAGGAGUUCCGUGUGAAUUUCUCUGAGGUUCUACAAGGUAAACUGAUGGCGUACGAUAGAGACGGAGAUGGAGACUUCGACAUGGAAGAUGCUAAAGUUCUGCUUGAUGACGAGAAGCUAAAUGGUGCUACUGUCCCAAAGAAAGGACUGAAAACAGAGGAAACACAGGAUGUGAAGAACAUAGACCGGAGGAAAGAAAAGGUCAUUGAGGUUCUUCUUCCAGACAUUGAACUACCAAGAGAGGAGAAGGUCCCUGGUUGGAACAGAUCUGGAGAUGAGCUGCCCAAGGGCCUGGGGUUGAAGGUGCGCUCGACGCUCCACCAGCAGCUCAGGAGCCUCUACCAGAGGAUGGAGGCAAAGAAGAUCUCCCGGUUGGUGCUGGGGGAGGUCCGGGCCGUCCUGGAGGAGGAGGAGGAGGCCAGUGAGCUGGCCUUGGCCUUGAAAAUGAAGAGGCUGGAGGCCGCGCACAAGGCCCACCACAUCCUCAGAGAGGAGGAGCGGAGACGAGCCGAGGAGGAGGAGAACAUCAGAAGAAUGGCAGAAAAGAGACGAGAGGAGGUGCGCAAGAAGGAGGCAGAGGAGGAUAAGAGGAGAGAGGAGGCACAAAGAGUAGCAGAGGAGAAGAGAAAGGAGGAGGAACGCAAGAAGGAGGCACAAAGAGUUGCGGAGGAGAAGAGAAGGGAGGAGGAAUGCAAGAAGGAGGCACAAAGACUAGCUGAGGAGAAGAGAAAGGAGGAAGAGCGCAAGAAGGAGGCACAAAGAGUAGCGGAGGAGAAGAGAAAGGAGGAGGAAAGCAAGAAGGAGGCACAAAGAGUAGCGGAGGAGAAGAGAAAAGAGGAGGAACGCAAGAAGGAGGCACAAAGAGUAGCGGAGGAGAAGAGAAAAGAGGAGGAACGCAAGAAGGAGGCACAAAGAGUAGCUGAGGAGAAGAGAAAAGAGCAGGAGCGCAAGAAAGAGGCACAAAGAGUAGCGGAGGAGAAGAGAAAAGAGGAGGAAUGCAAGAAGGAGGCACAAAGAGUAGCUGAGGAGAAGAGAAAAGAGGAAGAGCGCAAGAAGGAGGCACAAAGAGUAGCGGAGGAGAAGAGAAAGGAGGAGGAACGCAAGAAGGAGGCACAAAGAGUAGCUGAGGAGAAGAGAAAGGAGGAGGAACGCAAGAAGGAGGCACAAAGAUUAGCGGAGGAGAAGAGAAAGGAGGAAGAACACAAGAAAAAAGAAGAGGAGAUAAGAAAGGAGGAAGAGCGCAAAAAGGAGGCAGAGCGAUUAGCCGAGAAGAGAAAGGAGGAGGAACGCCAGAGAGAGGGGAAGUUAGCGGAGGAGAAGAGACGAGAAGAGGAGCGCAAGAAGGAGGCAAAGAGAUUAGCAGAGGAGGAGAGAGAGGAGGACAAGCGCAGGAUAGUGGCAGAGAGGCUGGAAAAGGAGAGAAUAGAGAAAGAGGAGAGGGAGCGUACGGCCAGGGUGAAGAAUGAGAGAGAGAAACUGGUGAAGGAGAAGGAGGCCCGGGAGGAGAGAGAACUCCAGGAGAAGGAGAGAUUAUCACGAGAAAAAGGGAAGGAAGAAAGAGAACUGAAAGAAAAAGAGAGACUCACCCGGGAGAGGGAGAGAGCGGAGAGGGAGAGAUUGUUAGAACAGGCUGCUAAAGAGAAAGCAAUGAGGGAACAGAUGGAAGAAAUACGCAUUGCAAAAGAAAGAGAGAGUCUGGCACUCAAGAAAGAAAAGAUAGAAAGAGCAGAGAGGGAGAGACAAGCUAAAGAAAGAGAGAGACUGGCCUUGGAGAAAGCAAAUAUAGAGAGAGAGAGACUCUUGAAGGAGAGGGAGAGACUGGCCCUGGAGAAAUCAAAGAUAGAAAGACAGAGAGCAGAGAGAGAGAGACUCUUGAAGGAGAUGGAGAGACUGGCCCUGGAGAAAGCAAAGGUAGACAUAGAGAGAGCAGAAAGAGAGAGACUAGCAAAUGAGGGGGAGAGACUGGUCCUAGAGAAAGCAAAGAUGGAAAGAGAGAGGGUAGAAAGAGAGAGACUAGCAAAGGAGAGGGAGAGACUGGCUUUUGCAAAAGCAAAGAUUGAAAGAGAGAUAGCUGAACAGGACCGACAGGAAAGAGAGAGACUUUCCCUGGAGAAGACAAGGGUGGAAAGAGAGAGAGCAGAGAGGGAGAGAGUCAUGAAGGAAAGAGAGGGACUGGCCAAAGAAAGAGAGAGACUGGUCGUAGAGAAAGAAAAGAUGGAAAGAGAGAGAGCAGAAAGAGAGAGACUAGCAAAGGAGAGGGAGAGACUGGUCCUAGAGAAAGCAAAGAUGGAAAGAGAGAGGGUAGAAAGAGAGAGACUAGCAAAGGAGAGGGGGAGACUGGCUCUUGAAAAAGCAAAGAUAGAAAGAGAGAUAGCUGCACAGGACCGACAGGAAAGAGAGAGACUUUCCCUGGAGAAGACAAGGGUGGAAAGAGAGAGAGCAGAGAGGGAGAGAGCCAUGAAGGAAAGAGAGGGACUGGCCAAAGAAAGAGAGAGGCUGGUUGUAGAGAAAGAAAAGAUGGAAAGAGAGAGAGCAGAAAGAGAGAGACCAGCAAAGGAGAGGGAGAGACUGGUCCUAGAGAAAGAAAAAAUGGAAAGAGAGAGAACAGAGAGGGAGAGACUCUUGAAGGAGAGGGAGAGUCUGGCUCUUGCAAAAGCAAAGAUAGAAGGAGAGAUAGCUGAACAGGACCGACAGGAAAGAGAGAGACUUUCCCUGGAGAAGACAAGGGUGGAAAGAGAGAGAGCAGAGAGGGAGAGAGUCAUGAAGGAAAGAGAGGGACUGGCCAAAGAAAGAGAGGAGAAAGAGAGGAUAUGGCGAAAGAGAGUGGAACAAAAGAGACAAGCCCAGGAGAGUGAGAGAGCAGGGGGAGAGGAGGAAAAGAGGCAGCAGAAGGAGACUGAGAGAAUCGCCCGAGAGAGAGAAGGAAUGGCCAAGCAGCAACAGCGGGUGGCGAGGGAGAGAGGCGAGAGGGAGAGAGCGGAAAGAGAGCGCAACACUAAAGAGUGCCAGAGAGUGGCCAAGGAGGGAGAUGAAAAUCUGGAGCGAGAGAGGACGGAUAGAGAGAAGCAGUGGAUGGCGGGAGAGCUGAGAGAGAAGCAGAGGAUGGGGGGAGAGUUGAGAGAGAGGCAGAGGAUGGAUGGAGAGCUGAAAGAGAGGCAGAGGAUGGCGGGAGAGCUGAGGGAGAGGCAGAGGAUGGAUGGAGAGCUGAGAGAGAAGCAGAGGAUGGAGGUGGAGCGGGCGUCCACGGAGAAGCAGCAGGUUGGGUUAGCCAGGGAAAGAGCUGCCAAGAACAAGGAGACGGAGAAUGUUCCUGAAGGAAAGGGGAGAGUGGGGCUGGCACCGGAGAGGGACACCAGGCAUGGGGACCAGGCCAGGCCUCAGGUAUAGUCCUCCGUCAGGGCCAAGGCCAGCGGAGCAGGGGCUUACCAACAUCCCAAAGACAAACUAGUGGCAUCCGGCACACACUGAUGAUGUCACGACAUUGCCCCCAGAGGAGCAGGCUCGCUGUGUUAACACUGCACGUUGUGCAGCACCAUAUUCUGUUGCAUUUACCAUGACCAAGUGGUGCACCAGGCCGAUGGUUACAUUAUCCAUGGAGUUGUAAGGUGUUGAAUCCACCAAGGCUAGGCCAGGUUGAUGCUGCACACACUGUACCGAAACAAUAUGGAUGCUUUGUUACGUACUCCAUUCUGACUCCAUUCAGUUCAAUUACAGCAAUCGGCGGUUUGUUACCAUUUCUUGCGGUUCUAUUUUAUGUCAAAGGAUUUUAACAUCAUUCUUUAUAAUAAGUGGAAUUCUCUCUCUUUCUCUUUCUCUCUACCUCUUUCUCUUUCUCUUUCUCUUUCUCUCUCUCUCUCUCUCUCUCUCUCUCUCUCUCUCUCUCUCUCUCUCUCUCUCUCUCUCUCUCUCUCUCUCUCUCUCUCUGUCGUUUUUGGGGGGAAGGUUCUUUCCUUUUUAUUUUAUUUGUUUCCUUUUCAUUGUAGCUUAGUAGAAAUGGGCCAGUCCUCUCUGAGGCAGUGUCUACGUCCUGGAGUUAGAGGCACAGAGAACACAACGGGUGGCUAGGACUGUCAAGCUUUACCUUGAAAUCCCCUUGGCAGCAACUCACUGGUCAGGAGAAAAAAAAGGCUCAGUAGGAACUUCAACAGAGCGCCUCACCUGGAUCAGAGGAAUGUGUACUGUAUAUGACACCUAUAUAUGCAGUUGAAGGUGUUAUUACCGCAUGUUGUAAUGCCUAAUAUGUAAAUGAUUAAUAUUUUUGAAGGACUAUUAAAUAAAUGCUUAACAUAAA